AUGAAUUAUUUAUUGAAAUUAACAAAAUUUUUCAGCAUUCCAGUAGUAUUAUUUCCAAUUACAUUAUACAUAAAACAAGAAUGCAACGAAAAGAAGAAUUUUUCAAGGCAGCUCAAAAACCUAUCCAAAUCGCCCGUAGAAGAAGUGAAAAGUAUUCUGGAUGGUAUAGACGUCGUUUUGACCGAUUGCGAUGGCGUUUUGUGGUUGGAAAACGAGCCUAUACAAGGUUCCGUAGAAGUGAUAAACCGAUUCAAAGAAAUGGGCAAGAGAGUAAUUUUCAUUACGAACAAUUCCACGAAAAUACGCGAAGAAUUCGCCACUAAAUCCAAACGCCUCGGUUUCAACGUCGGAAAGGAGGAUAUUUUAUCUACCUCGUACUUGGCGGUGUCCUAUUUAAAAAACAAAGGUUUCAACAAAAAAGUGUACGUAGUCGGUUCGCGAGGACUGACCCAGGAACUGGAACAAGCCGGAAUAAAACAUUGCGGAGUCGGACCCGACGUCUUGCAAAGCAACCUGAAGGACGCCAUAGACGGCUUCAAGCCGGACCCCGACGUCGGGGCCGUUAUCGUGGGAUUCGACGAGCACUUUUCCUACCAGAAACUCAUGAAAGCCGCCACUUAUUUGAACCGACCGGGUUGCAUUUUCAUCGGAACGAACACCGAUGAGAGGUUUCCGAUGGACUCGAGCAUUAUAGUCCCCGGCACGGGGGCCAUUGUUCGAAGCGUCGAGACUGUAGCCCAAAGGGAUGCUUUCGUUGUGGGUAAACCGCAUCCGUAUAUCGCAGAAGCCAUUAUGACUGAGUAUGGAAUCGAUCCGAAGAAAACGAUCAUGAUUGGCGAUAGAUGUAAUACGGACAUUUUGUUGGGUACUCGAUGCGGGUUCCAGACUCUGUUGGUUCUAACAGGAGUGACGACUUUAAAAGAAGUUACCGAAUGGAAAAAUUCUAAUAAAAAAGAGGAACAGGAAUUGGUGCCAGAUUACUACUUAGACAAAUUAGGAGAUCUAUUAAAAUUUAUGAACUGUUAUACAUGCCUUCGAUUAGGAAAUCCAUUCGUCUAUAAUUUCUAUGCUGCCACCAAUCCUUGCCCCUUUUAUACAACACUGAAAGGAUAA